AUCCGUAAUAAUAAUCACAACAACGGACCGAUUUCCCGCUCAAAACAAGCCGGACGCCAAAUCUGGGUUGAUCCGCGCGCGAAUCCAGCGACCAGAGACCACCCACCCCCCCGGACCACCUUGGACCACCUUGGACCACCUUGGACCACCUUGGACCAUCAUGCCCAAAGGCAAAUAUCAAGUCCAGCCGCCGACGGCGGCUACCCCGGGCAAGCGGCCCAAACUCAAGGGCCAGCCCGAGGACGAUGAGACGGUCGCUGGUUCCGAGCCGGACCUGGCCAUGGAACUGGACCUGGAGUCGGAGCCCGCGCUAACGGAAGACGUGACCCAGGCCUGGCCCCGACCCGCCUGGCCCGCCCAGCUGUCCGGGGCCAGGACUGAGUCGGCCUUGGUGUUCCAACAAAUCGAGAUUGAUCAUUAUUUGGGACAUUCGAUGCCCGGCAUGCCCGGCGCUCAAAGCGGCCAAGUUCCUAUCAUGCGGAUGUACGGCGUCACCCAAGAGGGUCACUCGGUCUGCGCUCACGUCCACGGUUUUCAUCCCUAUUUCUUUGUGCUUGCUCCGCCCGGAUUCACCAAGAACAACUUGGGCGACUUCCGGCUUUCUUUGAACAGGGCCGUUCAAGAGGACUCCAAGUCUAAGGAUACGCCCAAAGAUUGCGUACUGAACGUUGAGCUCAUGAUGAAGUCCACCAUCUAUGGCUUCCAAGGCAACAAGAUGAGCCAGUUCUUGAAGAUCACAAUGGCCGUGCCCCGAAUGAUCGCGGCGGCUAAGCGGCUUCUGGACCGUAACGAGGUCAAGUUCCAGAGCUUCAAUCUCAGCUCGCCCUUGAGUGCGUUCGAGGCCAACAUUGACUUUGAGAUCCGCUUCAUGGCCGAUACCAAAGUGGUGGGGUGCAACUGGAUCGAGUUCCCGGCGGGCAAAUACAAGAUUCGCGAUGGGAAAAGUUUGUUCGGGAAAUUCAUGUCCCGUUGCCAGAUGGAGGUGGAUAUCGCUUGGGAUGACUUCAUUUCUCACGCUCCGGAUGGCGAUUGGUCGGAUGUGGCUCCAUUCCGGAUCAUGAGUUUUGACAUUGAAUGUGCCGGGCGGAAAGGCAUUUUCCCCGAGCCGGAAAAAGAUCCCGUCAUCCAGAUUGCCUCCAUGGUCAUUCGACAAGGAGAUCCGGAGCCGUUCAUUCGGAAUGUAUUUACACUUAACACCUGUGGUGAAAUCGUGGGGAGCGUUGUGAUCUCGUGCAAAACAGAGACCGAGCUCUUGGACCGAUGGGCGGAUUUCGUUCGUCAAGUGGAUCCGGAUAUUUUGACGGGCUACAACAUUAACAACUUUGAUUUUCCAUACUUGCUGAAUCGGGCCAAGCAUUUGAAUGUCCGAAAUUUCAACCUCUUGGGACGAGUGAUCGAUGUUAAGUCUGUGGUCAAGGACAGCAUUCUUCAAAGUAAGCAAAUGGGUCGACGCGAGAACAAGGUCAUCAAUAUCGACGGCCGAGUUCAACUGGAUCUUCUUCUCAUUCUGGUCCGCGACUACAAAUUGAGAAGCUACACGCUGAAUGCGGUGUCCUAUCACUUCCUUCAGGAGCAAAAAGAGGAUGUGCAUCAUUCCGUGAUCACGGACCUGCAAAACGGCAAUGCCCAAACCCGUCGUCGAUUGGCGGUGUAUUGCUUGAAAGACGCUUAUUUACCCUUGAGAUUGCUCGAAAAACUCAUGUGUGUGAUUAACUACAUGGAAAUGGCCAGGGUCACGGGUGUACCUCUCUCCUACCUCCAAACCCGAGGUCAGCAAAUCAAGGUCAUCUCCCAAUUGAUUCGGAAGACCAUGGAAGUGGAUGUCCUCAUCCCAACCUACCAAAGUCAACAAGGGGACGAUAACUUCGAGGGUGCGACCGUGAUUGAGCCCAAACGAGGAUAUUACGACAAACCGAUCGCCACCUUGGAUUUCUCGUCUCUGUAUCCGUCCAUUAUGAUGGCGCACAAUUUGUGCUACACAACGUUACUUCAGCCUGGAGCCAUCGACAAAUAUAACAUCACGCCAGAGCAAUACGUGAAAACGCCCUCUGGAAACUUUUUCGUCAAGUCAUCCGUUCGCAAAGGUUUACUUCCUGAGAUUCUGGAAUCACUCCUCGGAGCUCGAAAGAAGGCCAAGGCUGACCUGAAAAAGGAGACUGAUCCUUUCCGUAAAAAGGUAUUGGAUGGUCGACAACUGGCGCUUAAAAUCAGUGCCAACUCUGUUUAUGGAUUUACGGGAGCACAAGUCGGAAAGCUACCUUGCCUUGAGAUCUCUCAAAGUGUCACGGCUUUUGGUCGUAUGAUGAUUGAACAAACUAAAAACGAGGUAGAGGCCAAGUACACAAUGGCCAAUGGCUACAAGUUCGACGCGGAUGUUAUUUAUGGCGACACGGAUUCGGUCAUGGUCAAAUUCGGCGUGGAUAAUGUAAAAGAUGCCAUGGCCUUAGGCGAAGAAGCGGCAGCCUUCGUUUCGCAGAAGUUCAUCAGUCCCAUCAAGUUGGAGUUCGAAAAGGUCUACUUCCCGUAUUUGCUCAUAAACAAGAAGCGCUAUGCUGGCUUGUACUUCACGCAACCCGACAAAUAUGACAAGAUGGAUUGCAAAGGCAUUGAAACCGUCAGACGAGAUAACUGCCAAUUAGUGGCUCGACUCAUGAACGAUUGCCUGCAGAAGAUCCUCAUCGAUCGGGACCCAGAGGGAGCCAUGGAGUACGCCAAACAGAAUAUUUCCGACCUUCUGUGCAACCGAGUGGACAUCUCUCAACUGGUGAUCACCAAGGAGCUCACCAAGACGGACAAGGACUACACUGCCAAGCAAGCUCACGUGGAAUUGGCUAAUAAGAUGAAGAAGCGCGAUGCCGGAAGUGCUCCCAAAUUGGGAGAUCGUGUGCCUUACGUGAUUGUUGCCGGAGCCAAGGGUACGCCUGCUUAUCAGAAAGCCGAGGAUCCUAUUUACGUUUUGGAGAACAACAUUCCCAUUGACGCUCAACAUUAUCUCACGAACAUGCUGGCCAAACCCUUACUGAGGAUUUUUGAGCCGAUUCUGGGCGAGCAUAAAGCCGAAUCCACCUUGCUGAGAGGCGAUCAUACUCGCACCAAAACUGUGGUCACCUCCAAAGUUGGGGCCUUGUCGGCUUUCACCAAGAAACGCGCCACUUGCAUUGGAUGCAAGGUGCCUUUGGCCAAAGAUACUGAUGCCGUUUGCGGUCAUUGUAAGCCCAAGGAAAGUGCCUUGUACCAGAAGCACAUUUCCGAGAUGUCUGCUUUAGAGGAGCGAUUCUCGCGCUUGUGGACCCAAUGCCAAAGGUGUCAGGGCUCACUUCAUGAAGAGGUGUUGUGUACUAGUCGAGAUUGUCCAAUUUUCUACAUGCGGAAAAAAAUCCAAAUUGAUUUGACAGAUAAGGACAAGAUCUUGCAGCGCUUCGGCAACCCUGAAUGGUGAACGCGAAUGAAAUGAAUGUAAUGAAUGACAUUUGUUGAUAGUUUUGAAAAACAUCUUUUUUAAUAAAGAAUCAAAGAAAUACA